CAAUUACUGUUGCAUUAUAGAGUUGCUUUUGAAAAUUGCACUCAAUUUGUUUGCAUGCAAACCAGCGAUGGCUAAAGACAUGCGAUAUAAUAACUAUAAUAUUAUUGAUUACAAUGCGGACAAAUGGUCUCUGGAUUGGACACAAUUCCCGGGUUUGGCGUACAUUCCCGGUGUAACCGAAUGGGAAGACUAUAUGUUUCGUACUCUAAACGCCGAUUCUCUACACGAAUUCAUGCAAAAGAAAUGGUAUUAUUCGGUGUAUAUAUCGAUCGCAUAUAUCAUUUUAAUACCAAUAAUAAAACAAUGGAUGAAAAGUCGCGGAAAGCCAUACAAUUUGCGGACAUUAUUGACGUUUUGGAACUCAUUUUUGGCCAUAUUUUCCAUUAUAGGAGUCAUAAGAUGUUUACCAGAAUUCAUACACAUAUUACGUACGAAAGGGUUUGAGGCGUCCUAUUGUCAGUCGGAUUACUAUAAAGAUAGUCGUCUCAACUGGUGGUACAUCCUAUUUGUAUGGAGCAAAGUGGUCGAACUGGUGGACACCUUGUUCAUUUUGCUCCGGGGUGGCAAACUGCUCACCCUGCAUUGGGUACACCACUGUCUAACGUUGAUCUAUUCGUGGUACGUGUUCGGUGACGUACCCGCCACAGCCCGUUGG